AUGGCCGCAGAUUCGAAGACAUUCAUCUUCACCCCAGACGCUGUUCCUCCGUUACCGGCGUUUUCUCAGGCUGUCGUCUCAGGUGGACGUGUCUAUGCCUCUGGAAAUAUCGGAUGCGAUAAGAAUUUCAAGAUCGUAGAAGGUGGAGUGCAGGCACAGACGAGAGCGGCAUUGGAGAACCUGUCGAUCGUCCUCAAAGCUUCAGGAUCGGGUCUGGAACAUAUCGUCAAAGCCAACGUAUACUUAGUGAAUAUGCCGGUCAAUUUCACGUUGAUGAACGAAAUCUAUCUUCAGUUCUUCGACAAGGACAAGAUGCCUGCGCGAACAUGUGUUGGAGUCAUUGCAUUGCCCAUGGGAGCAGACGUGGAGAUCGAAUGUGUUGCCGAAGUGGCUGCACAGUGA